AUGUUGUCAUUACAGAAGACUAAAGCGACCAAACCUCGCCAUAUUCCGAAUCAUCCUGGAUACAAAGAAAUGAUCAUCACUGCAAUCAAAUCACAAGAACAAAAGAAAGGAUCUUCUCGAGUAUUUAUUCGUAAAUAUAUCGAAGAUAAUUUUGAUGUCAAGCAACAAGGUUUUACCACACAUUUGAAUAGAAAUUUAAAGAAAUUAGUUGAAUCAGAAUUUCUGUUUCAUCCAAAAACUUCACCUGGAUGUUACAAAAUCAACAAAACUGAAAUUGCUAAAGAAGAAAAGGAUGCCAGGGCAAAAGCCAAAGCUGCAAUCAAGAAGCAGCAGGCCAAAGAAAAACUUGGAAAACAAAAAUCGAAACAAGUUCAAAAAAAACGAGUAACAAAGGAAAUUGCUAAGAAGAAAACCGACGCUACAAAAAAGGCAAGUGCAAAAAAGACAAUAAAAACAGUAAAAUCAAAAGUGGUAAGCAAACCCAAAAAGUCUGACAAUGACUCCAAGAAAACUACGACAAAAUCAAUUACCAAGAAGAAAGUUGGAACUCCAAAGAAGACUCAGAAAAAGACAGCUAAAAAAUCGACUAAGUAG